GACAGAGCCAGGCCUUUGUGACCCUGGGCUUUUCUCUGAAGGGCUAGAGGCUGCAGAGACACCCAUCGUCCGGGACUGGUGGCCUCCCUGGGCAAGACUGUGGACCGCUGAGUUGCUGCUGAGUCAAGAACCGCCUCUUUGCAGAAAAACAACCAAUUUACUUUCCAUUCUGCUGCCUGAGACAACCAUAUCCUCCUCUUACACACACCCCAGGCUCCCAUGGAGAGCUCAGAUGUGGAGCUGGAUCUCCAGCGGAGCGUGCAGGCUGUGCUCCGAGAGCUCAGCGCCCAGGCCCCCGCCCUGCAGAGCAACCGAGGCAUGUGGAGGUGGUCCCUGCACAAGAAGGUUGAGCGGGAUCCUGGGAAGAGCCCGGCGCUGGUCCGCAUCCUGCUCAGAGAGUUGGAGAAGGCAGAAAGUGAGGACGCCCGCCACAUCAUCAUUCCGUUGCUGCACACUCUAAUGUACGUGCUCACUAAGGCCACGGGCAUCACAGAGGAGCUCCACCAGAGAACCUACGCCUUUUGCACGAGGUUGCUGACCCUGCCCGCCCCCUACUGCACGAUCGCCCUGGACUGCGCCAUCAGACUGAAAACGGAGACAGCUGUCCCAGGGACGCUGUACCAGAGGCUGGUCAUUGCCGAGCAGAACCUGACGAGCGAGCUGUACCCCUACCGGGAGAGAGUGUUCCUCUUCGUGGAUCCUGAGCUGGUGUCUCCCUCCGUGUGCAGUGCCCUGCUGCUGGAGAUCGAGGCGGCUCAGGGGCAGCAGACGCCGGAGGCCUGCAUGCGCCACGUGGUCUCCCACGCCCUGCAGGCGGCUCUGGGGGAGGCCUGCCACGCAGGCGCACUGCAGAGGAAGCUGCUGGCCAGCUCCCGCCCUGCCUUGGAGCGCUAUUUCCACGCCGUGGUGACAGCCGUGGAGCAGAUGGCCAGAGAGCCAAGCCCUAGCCGAGAGGGCCACCUGGAGAGGCUGGAGGAGAUUUACUGCUCGCUGCUGGGGCCGGCGGCGACCGCCAGGGAGCGCUGUGGCGGUGACCCCCUCCAGGACCGGCCGCUGAGUGUCCCUCUGCCCAGCCCCCGAAUCACCUUCCACCUGUGGACCGACGAGGAGCAGCUCUGGAAGGAACUGGUGCUGUUCCUGCGCCCGCAAACCCAGCUGCGCCUCAGUGCAGACUUGGAGGCCUUGGAUCUUCAGGGCCUCCUGCCAGACUGGGAGUUGGCCCAGGCGUCCAUGCUGUCCACUGACAGCGGCAUCGAGCGGGACCUUCCUCCAGGGGCCGACGAGCUACUGGCCCCUGGCAGCCCCGAGGCAGAGCGAGCCGGGCUGCAGCGCAAAGGGGGCAUCAAGAAGCGGGUGUGGCCUGCAGACAUCGUGAUGCCCAGCAGCUGGGAUGGGCCCCCAGGGCUGCACCGCAGGACGGGCAGACCCAGCGGGGACGGGGAGCUGCUGCCUGGCGUCUCCCGGCUGCACACAGCGCGGGUGCUGGUGCUGGGGGAUGACAGGAUGCUGGGGCGCCUGGCCCGGGCCUACCGCAACCUCAGGAAGCGAGAAACCCAGAGGUUCUGCCUCACCCCCCGACUCAGCCUGCAGCUCUACUACAUCCCCCUGCUGGCUCCCCAGACAUCUGCAGCAUCCAGGCAUUCGGAGCUGGGAGAGUUGGCCGCGUUCCUGGGCCGCAUGGACCCGUGGUAUGAGAGCAUCGUCAACACCCUGUGCCCCACCAUCCACAAGCUGGCAGAGAUGCCUCUCUCCCUGGACACAUCCCAGACCGUAGACCCCUUCAUCCUGGAUGCCAUCACCUACUAUGUUCGCAUGGGCACCCAGCCCAUCUUUUUCCAGAUCUACACGGUCAAGAUCUUCUCUGGUGACCUGAGCCAAGACCCUGCCGAGGAUAUUUUCCUCACCGAGCUGAAGGUCAAGAUCCAAGACUCCAAGUUCCCCAAAGAUAGUUUUUCACCGCGGAGGAGGGGCGUGGCCGAGGGCCCAGGGGCUGAGCUGUCCAUCUGCUACCAGAAGGCCCUGCUCAGCCACCGGACCCGGGAGGUCACCGUCUCCCUGCGGGCCACCGGGCUGGUCCUGAAGACCCUUCCAGCCAGUGACACUGAAGCAGGGCCCACCCACUGCGCCCCCACUGCUGCUCCGGACACAGACCACACGUGCCUCAAAGUUAGUGUGACAGAGAUUGUGAAGACCUCCAACUUGGCAGGAAGGUCCUUCUCUGUGGUGACAAACACCUUCCGGACAGCCCACAUCCAGAUCCAGAGCCAGGACCGGAGACUGCUGACCCUGUCGCUGGACAAGGACAGCUGCCGCACGUACAAGGAUGUGGUCAGGUUCGAGGUUGCUCCCUGCCCAGAGCCGUGUUCCGGGACCCACAAAUCCAAGGUGCUGGGGCUCAGCUCCCACCGGCAGGAGAUGGAAAGGAACAAAGCCAAGGCUAAGCCUCUUCUGAUGCCCAUCAACACAUUCUCUGGCAUCGUCCAGUGAACCCGAAGGGGAGUCUGAGAGUGGCGGGCUUGAGAGAAAGGAUACACUAUCCGUCCCGCCGCAAACACCCGCCCCAGUGGCUAGAACAAGGUUCCCUGGGAUGGCUUCCAGCCGCAUCUAGAAGCCAGCAAGUACGACGGAGCACAGGGCGGGUGUGGUGGAGCAGCACCCACACAAAGGCCUGAGAAGGCCGUGACCAAGCUGUGUACACAGAACCCAGCUCCUCAAGCCCGCGUCCACUCCUGCAUGAAUUUCCAGUUCCCGCCUCUCCCGCUAUCUUCUCCCACUCAGGCUGAAACCAAGAUGAGAGCUGUGGUCCGGGCCAGGGCCCGGCAGCCUGGGGAAAACAAGAAGCAGGCAGCGGCAGCCACAACCCUCCCUUCCCGCCCAGGCUGUUCCUUCAGCCUUGCAACCACUCCUAGGCGGGCGUCUCUCCCAGGUGAGAGGAUGUGUCAGAUUCAGUAAAUGCACACUAAAGUCUUUCUGCUUUCAUCUAAUAUCCAGCAAUACUUGUAUUUUAUUUCAUUUAAAUUUUUUCUUUUUGGCCACCCUGCAUGACACGUGGGAUCUUAGUUUGCCAACCAGGAAUCGAACCUGCGCCCCCUGUAGUGGAAGCACAGUCUUAACCACUGGACCACCAGGGAAUUCUCAAUAUGUGUUAUUUUAACAGACAGCGGAGGCAAGACUUAGUCUAACCUGAUAAAUCCGUUUAGCUAGGUGAGAGCUUGGUGAAACGGUCACUGGUGUGUUCUGUCCACCUGCCCAGCUCCCUCCUCAUUCACGUUCACUGAGGGCCUCCUGGCCAGUGCUAUUGCCAAAGCAGAGGUGGGAAUGCAAGUUCGUUUCAGAGGAGCCAGACAUAAAAGACAUCAGAUUUCUUGGCUUUGAGUUCAACAGUGUAUAUCCAGAUGUUAAGUCCAUACCUAUCACCCGGGCACGGUGACUCUGGGAUGGAAGAGUCCCUUCCAAGUUCAGGACCCAAGAGUAGAGAAGUAGGCACUUCUCUUGUGGCCUCAGUGCCCCAGGAGUGGGGGGCAAGUCUGAGCACAUUCUCAGAGCCUAAGGAGAUGGUGUAAGAGGGGCCGCCUGGGGUGCUUAGGCAGAUGGGCCCAAGAGUAGCCUUAAAGAGAGCCCCUGUGUCUCUGUGGGCAUGGGAAGCCAGUUAGGUUUUUCCCAGGUAACUGAUUGCAGAGAAGCCCCAGGGGUCUCACUGUGAAAGGGGAGAGGUGCAGCCGUGAGGUGGCAGCAGGGACCCCAGGACCUGAUGCCCAGAUAUGGACUAUGGAUAUAUCUUGAUGGACACCACGUGGCAAAGGCCCUGCUCCUCAUUGACAGUCAACCCUAAACAGCUAAGAUGGAGAGGUCAGUGAAUGUGCAGUCCUCCACUGAAGCUGCCCCGUGAGGAGCCCAGGGAAGAGGGGGGAACUAGGAACAGCCCUGAAUGUGACUAAGGUGACUUUAAACUGGAAAUGACUGGCAUCACUGAACAUCACUAGAUUUUCUUCUUCUGUCAUUGGGGUGAUGUUAAUUGAUUCAUACCAAUUUGGGCAACAAGCACUAGAUUCUUGAACUAAAUGUUUGCAGGGUUUACUCAGAGUUAAGGAGGGCUCUGAGCCUUCCCCCAACAAUCUCCCCCAACCAGCUUACAAAGAAAGCAUGUGGUAGACCAAAUUCUGCUGCACAUUUAGGUGUGCAUUGGCAAGUAGCCCCUUCCUCCUCACCCACAGCCAAAUUAGGUGCUCUGAACAAAUGUCGCUUGAAAAGUUGACCAAACAGCUCUUGUUGAACACUGGGCCUUCCUGGAGUAAAGGCUGCUAUUCCAAAGGGUUUGGGCUGCUGGAAUCUCUGGAUUCUAAUACCCUGUUCACCAAGGGAGGAAAUGCCUCCAAAAAAAAUUAUAAACAAUCCAUGUGACAUGUGAAAUUUUGCCAAUAUCUGUCGGGAUAAUUAAUAAAUCCACUUCCAUUGA